AUGUAUUCAACAAAGAAUAAUAUUAAAAUUAAUUCAGUUGAAUGGUAUAGAUUAUGGAAUGAAAAUCUGACAUUGACAUUGAAAUUGGCAAGAGCCAAUGUGGAUCGAUUCGUUCACAAAUUCUUUUUAGAAAAGAUACAGUCAUUGACCAAAGACACUGAUGUCAAUACAUUUCAAGCUCAAUUACCAGCUGAACAAGUUACACUUCUCAAACAACUCAACAACUAUGCAUUAACUUAUUGGAUGCCAAUUGGUAGUACUCCAGGUUGUGGAAGUACAGGUCUACAAGUAAGAAGUUUGGUUAUGUGUAAUCCUGAGAAUACUCAAAUUACUGGUUUAACUAUUGAAACACAAUUAUUAAAUUUGAAUAUUGAUAUGAUUGAUUUCUCAGUUGUUCCCUAUUUAAAGAGUCUUACCUUUUACACAUCGACACCUGUUCUCUUCCCAGCAACACUAUUAACACACAAGAAUAUCACUACCUUUGAGUUAAUCUAUCUUACUCCUGUACAAGAUAGCACUCAAGGUAUGUAUGUAGAUGUUACAAGAUCUAAUUGGACUGGAAUGACUAGUUUAGAAAAAGUUUAUAUUGAUGGUAUGUGGGGAACACUUCCAAUAUUACCACCUUCUGUUACCUUUGUUCAUAUUAGUGCACCAUCACAACAAUCAUUGAGACAAUUCUCAGCUGCUGCCAUUCAUACAAAUUUGUUUACUCCUGAAUUAUUGGUUUAUGAAUUAAAUACAUUUAAUUACUUACUUCAAGGUCCAGCUUUUAAUAUUAGUAUUGCUCAAUGUACAAAAUUACAAUCAUUACAAAUCCAAUCGGCUGGAUAUAAUGUUGAUUUUAAGAGUUUCUAUAAUCUACCACCAGUAUUAACUUCAUUACGAUUAAUUAAUGUAUUUGCAUCAACAGCAAAUAGAACAAUACCACUUUAUAAAGAGUUGACUGGCUGGGAUAAUUUAGUUACGUUGGAAUUACAAGGAUUACAAUUGACAGGUCCACUUGAUGAACAAUAUUUUAAAAUCCCUUAUUUAUCUGUAUUGAAUUUAAAUUAUAAUUCAUUAUUAACAUUUACAUUACCAAAUUAUCUAAAUACUAGUCAAUUGACAGUAAUUAGAUUUAGUGGUUGUGGAUUGUCUGGUUCAAUUCCUGCCAAUAUUCUUGAUAAUUUGUUAAUGGAUAUUGUUGAUGUUUCUCAGACUUCGAUUACAGGUGAAUUGCCAAGAGUAUUUUUAUGUGCAUUCCAUGGACUAUUUUCAACCAACUAUUUUAUCUCUGGAUUGGUAUUUAGCAAUUACAAUGGAUCUGUUUUCCAACGUGAUUGUAAUCCCACUAUUUCACAGAUUGAACCAUUCUCAACCAAUAGUAGUAUUGUUAUCAAUGGUAAUGAUUUGGGUCCAAAGGCACCAUACCUAUUCCUUGCUUUGACCAAUACCAUGGGUGACGCUAUUCAAACCAGUUGUGGAUUUACUAUCCCCAACUAUCGUCUUGAAUGUACUAAUCCCUUGACACUUGGUUUUGGUAAACUACAAGUCUAUGUCCUAGUCAAUUUACAAUAUACAAUCAUUAAUUCAAAUUUCACUUAUCAAAGACCAUCCAUUUUACAAUCAACUCCAUGUCCAACAUUGGGAGGUAGAAUUACAUUAUAUGGAUAUGAUUUAAUGGCUAAUGCAGUUAGAAAGAAAGAUACUGGAAUUAGUAUUUAUGGUAGACCUUGUACAAACUAUCAAGUAUUGGCAUCGUACCGUGCCGUUAGUUGUGAAUACGCUGCUGGUAUUACAUCCAACGUACCCAUUUCAAUUCAAGUGAGUGGGUUGUACAACAAUGCUAGUAACGAUGCCUAUUUCAGAUAUCUACCACCAAAUGUCGUUUCUUCAUUUGCUACCAAACCAAAUGAAGCUACUCAACUCACCAUUACAGGAUCUGACUUUUGGAAUGAUGUCUCUCUUAUUUCAGUGGUCAUUGAAGACACUACUCCCAUCCCAUGUCCAGUCACCUAUGCCAACCACAGUUACUUUGUAUGUGAUUUCCCAGCUUCACCAUACACCACUGGAAGAAAGAAUAUCAAGGUCACUGUCAAUGGACAAACAUCGGCACCAAACAAAUUGUUUGAAUAUCUUGAUGAAACCGUUUGUCCAAAGUAUUGUAAUAAUAAUGGUAUUUGUGAUGUUGCAAUUGGUUUUUGUGUUUGUAAUUCAAUUACAAAUACUAAUAAUACUUUAUUUGGUCCUUCUUGUGAACAAGAAUCAUAUGAUAAUAAUGCAGUAUUUUCAACAUUGGAACCAAUAUUAGAAAUAACACCAUCAUUUAAUGAAAAGACAGUAUUGACAGCUAAAUUGAUAUCGGUGGUUGAGAAUGGAGCAGAGAUUAUCAUUCCAUCUUGGAAAUACACCUUGUUGGCCAAUUCAUCCACUCAUCAAUACGAGUGGACUAGUGGAGCAAAGAUUGUGACCGUUUCAAUCAUUCCCAAUCAAGAUGGAGGUAGUGCCCUGUUUGGUGGAUCGUACUUGACAUUUCCUUCGAAUAGUUAUACCUAUGCCAUCAACUAUACUUUGGAAGGUGGGUCUGAUGAUAGUGUCCAAUUUAAAUUCUCGAUUGAUAUGACACCCGAUGAAUGCACUAUCGCACCCAUCACAUUGGCCAGCCCAGUCGGGUUGAAUGAGUCUACUGGAGUCAUUGGUGAUCUCAGAUGGUCAUUGUUGACAGUAUACGAUGUCGAAUGGUUCACUCGUCACCCAGGUAUUGCACAUGUCAAUAAUGGUGGAUCUGGUAAUAUGGUAGUAGCCAAUGCGUGGCGCAAUGUCGAUCUUGGCACGCUGAUUGCUACGAUCGUUUGGUCAUUCUCUGGUUUUGAUGCAAUUGGACAGUUGGCUGGAGAGGUUAAAAACCCGGCCAAAAACUAUCCAUUGGGUGUCAUCACCGUACUGAUCAUCACAAUCGUCACCUAUCUAUUGCCAUUGUUGGUCCAGGCCAGCCAAGACUGGCUCAGUUGGCAAGACGGACAAUUCUCAUCGAUUGCCAUGCAGAUUGGUGGUUUGUGGUUGGGCAUUUUCAUGUCGGUUGGGGCAUGGCCUCGUCACUAA